UCUGAGUAUUCUGCUGAAUGUUGUUGCUGCUGGAACUGUGUGUUGAAAUGCUGUUGUAGCAGGAGCUGCCCUGGGAAGGCAGGAGAUGAGGGAUUAAUGAUGUGCUGCUUUUGCAUUGAUUGCUGGGCAGCUGUUGCUAAGCUGCUAAUGCAGAGUUGCUGGACUGCUGCUGUCUUUAUUUCUGUUGAGUUGCUGAUGGCGGUACUCCGAACUUUGAAGGAUCAGUGGCAGAACACACCACCAAGCCGGGGAAAGACAGAUGAUGCUUGUGGAACACCCUGGGAAGGAGUCACCUGCGAAAACUCAACGGUCACUGGACUGGUGUUAUCAACAAUGGGACUCGUCAGUGAGCUAACCGGUGACAUUGGAGGUCUCACUGAAUUGAAAUCCUUGUGA